ACUUCACAAAAGAAAAGAGAGACUUUGCAGCAACCAAUGCUGAGAUCAGCCAUGAACCAAAAACUGACAGACGAGUGAGGACAUUUAGAGAAACUCUGGAACAAACCAGCCCCAUCCACUGGCUUCGAGGCUAGUUUCGAAGACAGAAAAACGCCCCAGUUCUUUCUCUUUGCACUAUGGCUGCCUGUGGCCCGGCCAGGGAGGUGGCCAGGAGUGAGGCCUGAUCGUCUCUGGCGCCUCCACCUCGGCUUCCCCAGGCGAUGUCAUUGCCUGACAUCGCCACAGUCUGGGAUCAGAGGCAGAGACCAUGGACCUGCGCCGUCCCCGCCCCUGCUCUGGCGCGAGGGAACCUCCCCCUCACCUGGGCCCAGCCCUGCAGUGAGGCCCAUGGGGUCAGACCGCAAAGCGAAGGUGCGGGCCGGGGUGGGCCUCGCGGAGACAAAGGCCAGGCCUGCCUGCUCUCAGAAGACCCAGCUCUGGGCCCCAGCCCCUGCCAAGAGGAAGUCCUCGAGGCCCGGGCAGGGAAGGGGGCACGGGCUUCCCAGGGCCCGCCGGCCGCAGCAGGAAGUUGGCCAGGGCACGGCCAUGAGCGGAGCGGGUAGGGCUUUCUCAGGAGCAUGGGCGAGGCCGGCCCCGGAGGGGCGAGGACGGGGUAUAUGAAGCCUCGUGGCCUUGCCCGGCAGCCGCAGGUCCCCAGCGCGCCCCGAGCCCCUGCGCCAUGAAGCUCGCCGCCGCCCUCCUGGGGCUCUGCGUGGCCCUGUCCUGCAGCUCCGCUGCUGCUUUCUUAGUGGGCUCGGCCAAGCAUGGGACCCAGCCUGUCGCUGCGCUGGAGUCGGCGGCGGAGGCCGGGGCCGGGACCCUGGCAAACCCCCUCGGCACCCUCAACCGGCUGAAGCUCCUGCUGAGCAGCCUGGGCAUCCCCGUGAACCACCUCAUAGAGGGCUCCCAGAAGUGUGUGGCUGAGCUGGGUCCCGAGGCCAUGGAGGCCGUGAAGGCCCUGAGGGCCCUGCUGGUAAAGUGGGCACCCCGGGUGCCCUUCCUGCGCUGGCGUCCCUUCCCGGCCAGCCUCAAAAUUGCACCAGAGGUGUCCCGGCCCUACGUCAGGGCUGUUUCCUGUCCUGCCCCUCCAAGCCCUGUCCCUGGGAGAAGCCUGGGUCUCCCGGUGGGAACUGGGUGGGGCGCAUCCGAGCUGCAGGGCCGGGGAAGGCGGAGGUGGCCCCGCGCGGGUGCGCGUCCCCCGGAGACGCCAGCGGAACCGCUCCGCUCCCACUCCCGACAGAGCCGGCCGCUGCCGCGCCCUCGCCUGAGUUCUUGGUGGCAGGGUUGGGGGCACUCAAGCUCGGCUUCUGCUUUCCAGGGGGCCCUGACAAUGUUUGGCUGAGCCGAGACUGGAGCAGCCACACCUGAGGACAAGACGCUGCCCACCCGCGAGGGCUGAAAACCCCGCCGCGAGGUGGACCGUCCAUCCCCUUCCCCCGGCCCCUCUCAAUAAACGUGGUUAAGAGC